AUUUUGGGCCUUGUAAUGGCGGCCUUAGGGCCUGUCGCAGCAGCGGAGGAGGAAGAAGCUGCUGCUGGUGAAGAGGAGAUACCUGCAGAAGAUGAAGGAGCCACAGAAGGGGAAGAACCUGCAACAGAAGAGGGAGGAGAUACCGAAGAACCCACAGAGGGUGAUGGAGAAGAUGCAGGCGGAGGUGAGGAAGGUGCUGAGGAAGGUGCUGAAGAAGGUGCCGAAGAAGGGGAGGAACCUGCAGCAGAAGAGGGAGGAGAUACCGAAGAACCCGCAGAGGGUGAUGGAGAAGAAGCAGGGGGAGGUGAGGAAGGUGCCGAAGAAGGUGCUGAGGAAGGUGCCGAAGAAGGUGCUGAGGAAGGUGCCGAAGAAGGUGCUGAGGAAGGAGCCGAAGAAGGUGCCGAAGAAGGUGCUGAAGAAGGUGCUGAAGAAGGUGCCGAAGAAGGUGCUGAAGAAGGAGCUGAAGAAGGUGCCGAAGAAGGUGCUGAGGAAGAAAGUGGAGGAGACUUAGUUGAGGGAGGAGGAGAUGAGGAAGCCGGUGCCGGAGAGGGCGAAGUCGAUGUGACUGAACCUGCUCCUGUUAACCCAAAACCAAAACCUGGCAAAGGAAAGGGAAAAGGUAAAGGAAAAGGCAAGGGAAAAGGCAAAGGAAAAGGCAAAGGAAAGGGUAAAGGAAAAGGCAAAGGUAAGGGCAAAGGAAAAGGCAAGGCCAAGGGAAAAGGCAAAGAAAAAUCUAAAAAGGAAUAAAAACAAUACCUCAAAACAAAUAUAAUAAACCCAAAAACAAAACUAAGAAAUGAUAUAAAUUUGAAAUAAAUCUAAAAAAGUUUAAACAUAAUUGAAUUGGAAAAUAAAUAAAAACUUAAUAAUAACUAUUAUUUUGACAUACUUAAUAGACUAAUAAUAGACUUCAAGCAAAUACUAUGUAUCGAUGCUUAUUUGUCUUUUUAUUUCAAAAAUUUUAUUAAUACGUCAAUUUCUUGCUGUUUCCAUAUAUUUCACCUUGCU